CGCAGUAGUAGUUACUCGCUGGUUUUGCCAUGCUAUACAAAACUCGAGCUGAAAAGCAUCCACUACAUAGACUUUACUUCCCAUUGAUCUUUGCGGCACAUUCUGUUGCCUCCCAUGAACAUUGGCGCGACGAAGCAUUACUCGCUGCUGCUGCAAGACGAUGGUGACUCGGCGCUCUACGAAGGUGUAGCGCACGACGACGUGACGGAGCAGGAGACUGUCAUGAGCGGCGACUUUCAUACCAUCAUUGAGGAGGACGAAGCGGAUGACAAUGACGAAGAUACAUUGAACAACGCACGUCAUAUGAACUCAGACAAUAUGUCGCUUAGUUCUCCCGGUGGGCGACUAGAUAUCGCUGGCGAGAGCGACGAUGAUGAGGAAUACAUUUUCGAUGGUUCGAGAAAUGUUGUGGCUCAGGAUAAACCCAAACUCGGUGGGCACUCCAAGAACGACUACCAGCUCCUGACAAACGGCGACAGCGACUCGGGGUCUGCAACGAGCUUAAAAGGAGGGACAGGAGCGUUCGACCAGGCGCGCCUGUCUGCCGUGUGGACGCCUACGCCCAUGUCACCGGCACGACGCGCGUGUGUGCUGGCCACGGUGAUGCUGGGGGUGCUGGUCACGGUCGUGUUCGUGUGGAUUAUGCCGUGCGGCGUGGACGACUUGUGUGGCGUUCCCCACAACAAUGGACCACACGACGGCCAGCUCUCCGCUGACUACGACGAUGCUUGGAUGCAGGUGCUGGACGGCAUCGGUGUGAACGAGACGCUGUCCAUCGUGGACGAGCGGACAGGGCGGGGUGCGCUGCUCGUCAGUUACUACGAGCCCGUCAACGCGUCGUCCGCCGACGCGUUGUGGCGCUGCCUCGCUGCCGCAGACUGCAGAAGACUUCCUGAGGUGGACGAGGGUAGCAGGAGGGGCUCAGGUCUUCGCGCGAUGCCCUCAGGAGGCGCCAUUCGCUGCGGCCUCGCGCUGCUCUCUGACGCGUCCGGGGCGCGCGUCUGGCAGACGCCGCUCAGCGAGUGUCCUACCCGCACGCUCUGCCACCUGAUGAGCCAUGAGAGCGAGCGCAGCUACAACUGCCUCGCCAUCGGCCGGCGUCGUCUCGUGAGGCUCUUCGAUCCUCGCACCGGCCGCGUCGUGUGGGACACCAGCCACCGCGAGGAGUCUGGUGAAUCGCCGAUCAUGACGUAUCCUGGCCUGCCAGUGCUAAUCCCUGAUGUCACCGGCGACUCCAAACCAGACCUGCUCUUCCCCGGGGCCUACCAGGCCUCCUUCAAAAUGUCCCCUCAUGACGACACCGACUUGGGCAUGUCAUUCAUCACUACCAACUCCGCCCACACGACCACAGAUCACCGCCUUUCCUCCCUCUCUGCACACUCAGAACUUCUAACUGAUCGGGCGAUGCUCAAGUACACAUCCGAGGAAGACACAUCGUCCAGCUUCCCCGAGCCCAGACGAGGGGAGCCUGUCAUGAUGGUCAACGAGAUGAUUCUGAUCUCGGGCAGCACCGGUGAGGUGGUCGGGCAGCCUUUCAAAGUGAAGCAGUGUCAUCUACUUACAGAAAUAGCGAUCGACGGUGAGAGCAUCGACUACUCCUGCAUCAUGCUCAGUGGCAAUAAGUUGGCUGGGAAGAUUCCCGUCAUCUCUUUGAUCCACCAAAUGGUUGGACCUCGCGCUCCGGAAGGCGGCGCCUCCAGUAACCUCAGUUACCCGUCCAUUACGCCGUUCCUGCCGACGCCUGACGGGCUCCCGAACCGUUACUGUCAAGUGGAGGUUACCAACACGGGGCAGUGCCCACUCUGUGAUGCCAAAGUCAAACUCAUGUCGACGACGGAGGGCGAGAACGUUUGGCAGGCACAGUACGACGGCAGUAUUAUUUUAGACUGGGAGCCUCUGAUCGUUGGAGAACAAUGUCGAGGUCUGGUGCUCAAGAUCAUGGCAUGGGACCCAUCAAAUACCCUUAUAAAUUCUUUUGUCGGUCCAAUAAACAAUCAAAGGACGACAAGAAGUUCUUUCGGUGACAAUGACGAUGAAGAAGAAGAUCACGAAGAGAUGGAGGAAGACGAUGCGGAAGAAGGGUUCUCCGCCGCAGGAGAGCAGCUUGAGCCGUCCCCUUCAGAAGAAAAAGCAGAACUCGUAGUACCAGCAGCAGCUCCACAAUAUUUGGUUCAAUUGAACGACCCAAUGAAGAAGAGAAACGCAAUGUUCGGCAAGAGGCCGCCGGUGGCAAAUUCGAUGUUUUUCAACCCUCCCAGUUUUCGUGUGCGACAUAAUCGAGUAAAACAUAACGACGAUAAAAAUUACCCGAGAUUUUACAUAUCAGAAAACGCAGAAGAAAACCAAGUUGACUUCGGACAUCCAGUCAUGAUGUUGAGAAAUGGAAAAAGAAAUGUAAUGUACGUGAAAAAUCUUCACGAUGGAGGAGCCAAGUUUAUUGCAGAAGCACAAAUCGAAAAAACCCUACGACCAGCCGCCGAAGUCAACCCCCAAAAAAUAAAAAUCUCUCCGAAAUUGGCAGCAGUCUAUUCCAAGGAUCUGGACUCGGGUGAAGCUUCUGACAAUAAUUACCCGAUCCCAGAGCAGCAACAUUCCACAGAAGACUUCGAGCUCCCAAUCGACGUCUUCGGAUUGCCCGUGGACUUGCAGCCUCCGUCGGGGUUUACUCUGCAGCGCCUCACUCUGUACACGAUGCUCGUCAAGUUCAACGGCUCGGCGUGGGUGGACGUGCCUCUGAAGAAAGCGCCUCUGUUCCAACUAUGCAAGCACAACCUCUGCGUGCCUCAUGAGACGCUAUCCCGCAAACUGGUUGUGACGCCAGUGGGCGACAGUGCAGGCGUUUGGCAGGUCGUGAACGCCAUCACGACCAUCGCUCACGAGACCUCCCUCUACUCGUCAACCAAGACAGACUCGUCCAAGACGCCUCUAGAGGAGGCCUCGAGUGACGACAGAAAUCACAAUGAUGAUUUCACGAGUGCCUCCUCGACAGGAGGCUCUGCCAGUGAGAAGGACUCGUCUUGGACUGUAAAAACAUUCGUAAGCAAGAUACUAAUUUCUCUUUAAUUCAUCGUCUGGAUACUCAGUCGUAAAAACGUUAUCUUGGAUCAUAAGAAUAAUCGGCAGCGAUAUACAAAUUUGUCCUUAAUUGAGCGCCUGUCCAA